AUGGCCGCACGCACUUUGAACAAGAUGCGCAAGGCCCAGUCCCUCAUUCGCGACUGCCAUAGCUGGUUCGUACAAAAUGACGAGAUCAUGCUGGCUGUUGAGUUGUGCCAAAUAGAAGGCAACCUCGCACUUUUCUUCGAGAACAAAUGUUUUGCUAAUUCUCCCUGUCCUGGACUUCAAGAUGAGGAGUUUCCCCGCAUUCCUCCAUUUGAUAGCCGCAGGCGUGGAAAUCACCGCGUGCCCUACAAUGACAACCGCAGACCUCGUCCAACUAUCAGGAGCAAGACUGAAGUCCCCGAAAGCCGCGCUAACCGCGGACAAAAAGCACCGGCUCAGGCAACAGCAAGUAAGCCUAGGGGCAUAGUGAGGAAUUUAACCUGCCCUAAUGCCGGCCUCAAGACCCCUGAAGCUCGAGCUGCCGUGACCAGACCAUCGCCGCCAACGGGCGUGCUCUUGGACUUUGAAAAUGACGUGGAAAUUGUCAAACUGCCGCUAAGCAUGGUAGCGGAUAUGAAGCCCGUAAAUACAGCCAAUCUCGGACCGAAGGGAGAGCAGCGUUUGCCAGAGUGCCCCGCUGCUGUAGAAAUCAAUGAGCUGGGUUUGGAGGGCUUGGCCCGGCAGGUCUGGAUCCUCCCGUCGGUAUCUAUAGUCCCCCCCCGGCCUGUUGACGAAGGUGUUGUCCCAGUCCCAUCCCAAGCACAGUUGCCAGAUUCGCCCGUGUGCGACUCCCAUGAGGGUGGGCUACCAUGUAUUCAAGCAAACCAGCCGCAUGAAAUUACCGGGAACCAAAAAGAAGAUUCCAGUGAGGAGUACUCUGUGAUGCUCAGCGCAGGGGGCUCUACCGAGGGCAGGUUGGUUGUUCUUGACGGUGAUGUGGCUGUCAUUCUUCCAAGUGAGACCGACACAGAUACCAACAGCACUACUCACCCAGAAGGAAAGGAUGUUCUCGCGGGUGGCCUUGAUCCUCGGACUGGUCAUAAUCCUCAACCUGAGAAUUUGGAAGACAGAGAAAUCAUUUUCCAAGAAAACGUAGCAAAGGGCAUCCGUCCGGACUUUAAGGCAUUGUUCGUCAGUUCCGAUGAUGACUCUCCAACUUCCCAUCGUGCGAUUGAUCUCAGAGCAAUUCUCAACGAAUAUUCCGAAGUGAUCAUCUGCAAAUGA